UUCUCACAAAGAAACUUGCACACUUUCUCUGGUUUCUCUGGUUUGGUCGCCAUGAACGAUCUAAUCUCAAGCUCGUUCAAGAGAUACACAGAUCUAAACCACCAAGUCCAGCUCGACGACAUCGAGUCUCAAAACGCUUCUCUCGACUCAGGCAACCUCGAUGAGUUCUUCGGAUACGUGGAGAGUGUUAAAGAAGACAUGAAAGCUGUUGACGAGAUUCACAAGCGUCUACAAGAUGCUAACGAAGAGUCCAAGACAGUGCACGACUCCAAGGCCGUGAAGAAGCUCCGCGCUCGUAUGGACUCCAGUGUUACAGAGGUCUUGAAGCGUGUCAAGAUGAUAAAGACGAAGCUCGUGGCCUUGGAGAAAUCAAAUGCUGCUCAGAGGAAAGUUCCUGGUUGUGGACCUGGCUCAUCUGCUGACCGGACAAGAACAUCUGUCGUGAGUGGGUUAGGGAAGAAGCUUAAAGACAUGAUGGAUGAUUUUCAGAGACUAAGAACCAAAAUGGCUAGUGAAUACAAAGAAACUGUCGAGAGACGGUACUUCACUGUAACGGGCCAAAAAGCAGACGAAGAGACGAUAGAGAAGCUGAUAUCAAGCGGAGAGAGCGAACGUUUUCUCCAAAAGGCCAUACAAGAGCAAGGCCGAGGACAGAUCAUGGACACGUUAUCAGAGAUUCAAGAAAGGCACGACGCGGUUAAAGACAUUGAACGUAGCCUGCUGGAGCUGCACCAGAUAUUCCUAGACAUGGCAGCUCUUGUUGAAGCUCAAGGGAGUAUACUCAACGACAUCGAGUCUAACGUUUCAAAGGCGAGCUCAUUCGUCAUGAGAGGGACUGAGCAGUUGCAGGGAGCUAAAGUGCUUCAGAGGAACUCGAGGAAGUGGACUUGUAUCGCCAUCAUACUCGCUAUUGUUCUUGUUAUUGUGAUCCUCUUCCCUAUCCUCUACACAAGUUUGCUUAAACCUUGAUUUCUAGAGAAACAUUCUGCUUUCUGCUGUUACUGCUUUGUAUUAGAAAACUUGUGGCAUACAAAAUCUAUUGAGUGUAAUUCAAGCAAUGUACAAUUUUGAGUUUCAUUACAUUCCAUGAACAUUGUUUACUUCUGUAUUUCAUCUGAUAAAAGUGUCUGAACAAGCUCCGCCUGGUCUUGAAACCAAUCUAAGCUCUCUUUAAGCAAAAUGGCCACGGAUUGAAGAGUACAAGCGAGCAUUGUAGGGCCUCUUUAUAGGUAACAAGAUCACUCUUACACAGACAUUGCAAGCUCCAGCCUUUCCUUAGGAGUCUAAAUGAAGAAUAUACUGGUUUUCUUGGAUGAUACACAGCUUGAGAUGUCCUCAUCAUCCUAUGUCUAUCACCUUUAGUCCCGGAGAUGAGAUAAGACAACC